GGUACGUCAUACACAUUCAUAUCGCACGGCCCCGUCCAUAUCCCACUUGCACAUGUCAAUAAAACAAAACCAGAGCUCUUUUCUAUAAAUACAAUAAAUGCUCCUCCCUUCCUCUCUUCGUCAAUUAAUACAACUUUCAUUUUUGCUUCAUUGAAAACACCCAAUUGAGGAGAUGGAGUUAACAUAUCCCAUAUUUCACCCCUUCCUCUUUCUUUACCAAGUAUGGCAAUACUUUCUCGCCAAACUACUCUCUCCCUCACCACCGGUUGAGGGCCAAAAACUUGGAAGACCCAAGAUUGCAAUUAUCGGUGCUGGACUGACGGGUGUUUCUGCUGCUUCUCAUUGUGUUGGUCAUGGAUUUGAUGUGCAGAUUUUUGAGGCUGGUCCCAGGAGUCAAUUGGGUGGCAUAUGGAGUAGAGUUAACAGUACAUCUGGUUUACAAAUCCAUUCGUUAAUGUAUCGAUUCCAUCCCUCCGUUCAGUGGAAAGGCGGUUAUCCAAAUCAACAACAAAUUGUCUCUCAAAUCACCGAACUCUGGAGACGCUAUGGUCUGGAGGAGAAAACAAAGUUCGAUACUAAAGUCGAAAAAGUAUACCAAGAUGACAGUGGGAGAUGGAUAAUCAACAAUACAUCAGAAGGACGAUUUGAAGGUAUCAUUGCAGCUGUUGGCACUUGUGGAGAUGCAAAAAUGCCACAUAUCCCUGGAAUGGAUAAAUUCAAAGGAGAGAUAUAUCAUUCAAGUGAUCUCACAGGCAAAGAUGCAAAAGGAAAGAAAAUUAUCAUCGUUGGAGGUGGUGCAAGUGCAGUCGAGGCAUUAGAAUUUGCAACCCAUGAAGAAGCGGCUGAGACUACAAUUCUGGCCAGGAGUGAUAAAUGGAUAAUUCCUCGAAAUGCCGUCGUAGACAUGCUACUUGCAUUGAAUAUCUUCGGACAGGAAACUUUCUUGAGCUGGAUACCAGAGAUGCUGCUUAAGAAAUUCUUUUACAGAGAUCUGGAAGAUCUUGCUCCAGCCGAUAAAGGGAUUUUUACCGGUACCCCUAUGGUCAAUUCAGACGUGAUGGAUAAAAUCCGCGAAGGAAAAGCAGAAUGGUUACGGGGUGAUAUUAAAGGGUUCACUGAAGAUGGGAUUAAAUUCAAUCUCCGAGCAAAAGGUGUUCCCCCCGGUGGCCCUGGGAAUUCAAAGCUCGUGAAGGGCGAUAUUGUUGUAAUGGCAACUGGAUUCGAGCGACCAUCUCUUGAUUUCCUCCCAUCCGAUACAUUCCAGGAUCCUUACACACCACCAAACUGGUAUCUUCAAACAUUCCCUCCCACACACCCUUCCGUCUGUUGCAACAAUUGCACUUACGUCAAUGCUAUCGGUGCAGUAGGCAAUUGGCACAUUGGAAUUUACACACGUAUCCUCCUUAUGUUCCUAUCGGAUCCCCUUACAAGACCAAGACCUUUUUGGAUGGAACGCUGGAUCGAUAUGACACGAAUCCUGAAGAAGUUCAGCCCAACGGGCGCAUUUGAUUUCUUUACGUAUCUCGAAUUAGUAUGGUGGUUCACUUUUUGCAUUGCGAUCAAUCCAUUCAGGUGGAAGUGGGCCAUCUUUGUGUUUACUGGGCUGGGGAGAGGAUUGCCGAGAAGAGUUGUGGAGGCGGAGGAUAACUUGAGAGGAUCGUUGGGAUGGAGAAAUGGACAUAGUGGUGAGAAUCAUGACAAGGGAAGCAGUUUUUGAGGGAAAUGGAAGUGGUUUAUUACUUCAGAUUAUCUAGUGUUUCCAAUAGCUUGAUUGCGGUACAUGAAUCAUGGCUUUUUGUAUAUUGUCAUAUUUGCAACCCAUUUAGAGCAUCUAGAUAAUACUUACGAGCGUGAGGGCUUUAAUACAAGAUGAUGAUAACAAUGCAUUCGUAGACAGUAUGUAUAGGGUUGAUUAAUUUUGUAUGGCGAACGGUUAUUUUAUAGAUGGAUUAAUAGGUAAUUAGUGGCAUAGAAUAUGAACGGUAUCAAAACAAUUUAAGAGUAUAAAAUUCCAUAGCCCAAAACCA